ACACACCCCUCCCUUCAUCCUGUUUCAGUCCCCCUCACUGCCGGACGGUCAGUCUCCGGUCUCUCUAUCUCUCUCUCUGUGUGUGGAACCGGCGGUCAGGGUCUCUGCCAGCAUGAAGUGUCCGAUCCUCGCUCUGCUCCUAACACUUCUACAGAUGUCUCGACCUGGGGUGUCUCAACCCAUUAUAACUCAGGACCCGGGCUCUGUGACUGGCACAGAGGAGGGAGAGGUCACUGUACCCUGCAGUGUGACAGGGGCUCCUCCAGGACCAGUGAGAUGGUACAGGGACACUGGCAGCGGCAGACAGUAUCUCUACUCUACAUCCCCCCCUCCGCCCAAUGAGAGAAACGACCCCCGUGUGUCUCAAGUACAUCAAAACCACGAGACAGAUCUCUCCAUUCGAAUUGUGAACCUGAACCUACGUGACUCAGGAAUGUAUUACUGUGAGAAAUACGGAGGGAUUGAUGUGACCCUCAUUGCUAGAGGCUCAGGGAGCAGGCUGAGUGUGCAAGCUCUGCCUCCACUCAUUAUAACUCAGGACCCAGACCCUGUGACUGGCACAGAGGAGGGUGAGGUCACUUUACUCUGCACCCUGUCCAGAGUGGGUCCUGCAGGACCAGUGAGAUGGUACAGGGACACUGGCAGCGGCAGACAGUAUCUCUACUCUACAGACCCCCCUCCGCCCAAUGAGAGAAACGACCGCCGUGUGUCCAGAGUAUAUCCAGACUACCCCACAGAUUCAUCCAUUCGAAUUGUGAGGCUGACUGUGAAUGACUCAGGAAUGUAUUACUGUGAGAAAUACAGAGGGAUUGUUGUGACCCUCAUUGCUAGAGGCUCAGGGAGCAGGCUGAGUGUGCGAGAGAAAUUUCGUCCCCCUGUCAUUGAGGGUCCGCAGGGGAGAGUUUUAGCCGGGAAUGCCGUGGCGUUAACCUGCCGGUCGAACGGACCUCCGGGAACGAAAUUCACCUGGAAGAAAAACAACAGAACCGUCCCUGGAGAACAGAGCAACACCUCCUCACUGCAGACUGCUAAAGAAGACAUCAGAUCCACUGUUACCUGCGAGACUACAGACCCCAGAACACAGCAAACACUGUCGUCUGAACCCUACAGCCUGGGAGCAAGCAUCACUGUUAAACCCGACGUCUCCAUCGAAGCGAAUCCAGAGAGAGUGAAAGUGAACGAGUCCGUCUCCCUCACCUGCCGUGCGCGUGGCUUCUACCCAGAGAGGGUCAGUGUGUCCUGGGUCCAGCAGGGCGGCGCUGUGGAGCUUGCUGCAGAGAGGGGAGAGAAUGCGGAGAAUGAGGACGGGACCUUCAGUAGGAAUAGUGUGCUGAAUGUCACUGUCACUCAGGAGCUGAGUGGAGCCACAGUGAGCUGCCGGGUUCAGAUAGAAGGACUGGCAGAGCCUGUUCAGAAGGAACACACCCUGGUAGUGAUUGAUCCCAAACCUGAUCAAGGCUCUGGCCCUGGCUCUGACCUUGUGAUACCCGUAGCCGUUGCUGGAGUCGUUGUUCUCAUCGUGCUGCUGCUCGCUGUUGGACUCUACUGUCGAUUCCGCACAGGGAAGAAAAAAGCAGAGAUCAUGAGGACUCCAGUGUCGAGCACUGAAACACAUGACAAGGAGCUGACGUACGCCAGCCUGGAUUUACAGAAGAAGGCUAAUCGGCGCUCUAUGAUGAUCGCCGAGUCGGAGGUCUGCGCGUACGCCGAGAUCAAGGGGGCAAAGGUCAGGGGGGCGAAGGUCAGGGGGGCGAAGGCCAGCGAUGACCUCACGUACGCCAGCCUGGACGAGGCAAACCUGAAGAGGAAGACGAAGGAGCCAGGGGGAGGAGGAAGAGGAGGGGAGCCCCCGGGGAAAGAGACAGAGUACGCCUCUGUGAACUUCAGGAAAAAUUGAACAGAAACUCACCAGGAGAUUUCAAACCCGCUGCCAGCCUCUCACACACACAGACACACACACACUGAGAUACACAUACACACUGAGACACACACACACACACAGACACACACACACACACACACACUGAGACACACACACACACACACACACGUUUGCAUUUCUGUAUUUGUAUUUUCUUCUGAUUGACUCUCAUUAUAUUUUUAUUUACUAUUUCUAACUCCAGUCACACAAAACUCCACACAGGAUGAAAGUCAAAUACAAAGAGGAAAGCUGCCUGCCAGUAGAUUCUCUACGGGUUUUACCCACUCUGUAAUGUAAAUAACUAAAAAGAACCAUUUCCAUCGUUAUUCUUUCACACUUGUGCUGUGCACUGCUUAUUGAAAUUAGUUUUUUCUUUUAGAAAAUGCAUAUUUUUAUAUUUUUGUUUUAGACUUGCGCUUGUUGCUUAUUUAUAUAUAUAAAUAUAUAUAUAAAUUUCUCCCUUGAGAAAGAUAUGUACAACAUAUCGAAACGUUGGGCAGCUGGCUCUUUG